CGGCAUCGGCGUGUCUCUCAAACAUAAAUCCUAGAUGGGCAACAAGAACCUUUACACAAUUACAUCCAUGAUCCUUGUCUUGUUCCUCUUAAGCAUUUUUCUCUUUUCGAAACGCACUCUAGAACCUUCUCUCUCUUUUUACAGGGACUUGUUCUCUCUCACAAACCUUGUUAAGUCGCCUGAGUCUUACUCUGAGUCUGAGUCAGUCCCACUCAACCCACCGACAUAUGCGACCAUUUCUGUAAUUACAACUCAGAUUUCGGAGAAACCGGAAAAUGAGUCCUUUGAGAAUGUUAACCCACCUACAGAAGAAUCCAUAUAUAGGACUGAUGCUAAAAAUGAGAGUGGUUCGGCAAGUGAGUUUGAGAAACUUAAAAUGUGUAAUUUAUAUAUGGGGAGUUGGGUGAGAGACGAAGAGUAUCCAAUUUAUAGACCGGGUUCGUGCCCUUAUGUAGACGAAGCAUUCGAUUGCCAAAGCAAUGGACGCCAAGAUUCCUCAUAUUUCAAAUGGCGAUGGAAGCCUCAUGCUUGUGUUCUUCAUAGGUUUAAUGCGACUGACUUUUUGGAGAGACUAAGAGGUAAAAGGCUAAUGCUUGUCGGAGAUUCCAUGAAUCGAAAUCAGUUUGAGUCACUAUUAUGCCUCCUCCAUGAAGGCCUGGCUGAUAAGAGCAGAAUGUAUGAGAUUCAUGGCUACAAAAUAACAAAGGGAAGGGGAUACUAUGUAUUCAAAUUUCUGGACUAUAAUUGUACCGUGGAAUUUGUAAGAUCACAUUUCCUUGUGAAGGAAGGCGUCCGCCGUAAUGAAUAUGGCAGUUCAAAUCCAACUCUUUCAAUUGAUCAAAUUGACAAGACAGCUAAACGAUGGAAAGGAGCUGACAUUCUUGUGUUUAAUACUGGCCACUGGUGGGUUCAUGGAAAAACAACCCGGGGGAAAAAUUACUUUAAAGAAGGUGAUUAUCUCUAUCCAAAGUUUGAUGCAGGAGAAGCUUACCGAAGGGCUUUGAAGACCUGGGCAAAAUGGAUAGAUAGUAACAUUGAACCAUCAAAUCAGUUGGUUUUUUAUCGUGGAUACUCUUCUGCUCAUUUCAGAGGUGGAGAUUGGGACUCUGGUGGUUCAUGCAAGGGAGAAACUGAUCCAAUAUUGAGUGGAGCCUUCCUGGAAUCCUAUCCUUGGAAAAUGAAGAUAUUGGAGGAGGUGAUACGAGAAAUGCAAGUUCCGGUGAUUCUAUUAAACGUGACAAGGUUGACCAAUUUUCGCAAGGAUGGUCAUCCUUCUAUCUAUGGCAAGAAUGCAAGCGAGGGGAGAAAGGUUUCAACAAGACGUCAAGACUGUAGCCAUUGGUGUCUUCCGGGGAUUCCUGAUGCUUGGAAUGAGCUUAUUUAUGCCACACUGGUUUUCGAACAAACUCCUGGGAAAAGUUAAAUUGUGUUGUACAAUCAAUAACAAUAGCUUUUCCUCAUUUCUUCUUCUUUUUUUUUUUUUUUUUUUUUUUUUUCCAAAAGUUGGGUUGUACAAGAUGGUAAGGUUAGAUAGUCAAGAAAAGUUACAUUUGUUCCACUAAAUAUUAUAUUUACAGUGA